AAAAGUGUUUUUUCUUAAAGGAAAAACAAAAAUUAAAGUUGAUCUUUUUAUGUUAGUUUUCCCUUCUCCAAGAAAAUAAAAACUACAUAAAAAGCAUAAAAGAAAAAAAAGGAAAGCAGAAUCUGUUUAAAGUGCAUGUUUUUGCGUACAAAAAAUCUCAAGAGCUCCAAUAUAUAUAUAUAUAAUACUUAGUCUUACGUUACCCUUCAAAGAACACACACACACACUCCCAUAUCUCUGCUAUUUUUCAACAUUUCGUUUUUGUUUUUGUUUUUAAUUCUCGUCUCUGUUCCCUUCCCAUACAACACCGCCACCACCGUAAAAUUUUUCAUUUAUAAUUCAACAAUGAUCACCACUAAGCUUCUCUUGGCCUUUUCCAUCUGCCGUUUGAUAGCCACCGUCGGACUCAACAUGGGUCCCGCGACAGAGCUUCCCCGUCUUGGUAUCGACGGCCUUCUCACUGUCGACCCUUUGGAUAUCGAAACUGCUUCUAUUGAUUUUGGUCUUAUGACCCGAGACCCGCCUCUAGCCGUUUUGCACCCUGCCUCUGCCGAUGACGUAGCUAAAUUGAUCCGGACGGUGGCGAAUGCGGCGGAGGAGGAGAAUGGUGGGUUUACGGUGUCGGCGAGAGGGCAUGGGCAUUCGAUAAACGGGCAGGCGCAGACGGGGAAUGGGGUGGUGAUUGAAAUGAGUGGCGGCGGAAGACAGCACCGGCGCGUCGGCGGGAGAGGUGCUUCGCCGCCGCUACCGGUAGUGUCGGAGAAAGGGAGAUUUGUUGAUGUGUGGGGCGGAGAGCUGUGGAUUGAUGUACUGAAAUGGACUUUGGAAUAUGGAUUGGCGCCGAGAUCGUGGACGGAUUAUUUGUAUUUGUCAGUCGGCGGGACGCUGUCGAACGGCGGAAUCAGCGGCCAAGCUUUUAACCACGGCCCUCAGAUUAGCAAUGUCCAUGAACUUGACGUCGUCACAGGUAAUGGAGAGAUAGUGAAAUGUUCAAAUGAAGAAAACGCAGAUUUAUUCCACGGAGUUCUUGGUGGGUUAGGACAAUUUGGAAUCAUCACACGAGCAAGAAUUGUUCUCGAACCAGCCCCUCAAAGGGUUAGAUGGAUUAGAGUACUGUACUCAAAUUUCGAAGCAUUUACAAAGGAUCAAGAAUGGCUAAUCUCACUGCAUUCGAAAACAAACAGCAAUGAAAAAUUCGAUUACGUGGAAGGAUUUGUGAUCGUUGAUGAAGGUUUAAUCAACAACUGGAGAUCUUCCUUUUUCUCACCAGCUAAUCCGGUCAAAAUUUCUUCCUUUAAUAAAAACAAAUCUCAUGGAGCUGUUUUAUACUGCUUGGAGAUCACCAAAAACUACCAUGAAUCCUCGUCUCACACUCUUGAUCAGGAAGUGGAGGCGUUGAUGAAGGAAUUGAAUUACAUACCCGAGUCGGUUUUCACAACGGACCUAGGUUACGUGGACUUUCUGGACCGGGUUCACAAGGCCGAGUUAAAGCUCCGGUCCAAGGGGUUAUGGGAUGUCCCACAUCCAUGGCUAAACCUCUUCGUCCCAAAGUCGAGAAUCGCCGAUUUUGACCGAGGAGUUUUCAAGGGCAUUUUGGGAAAUAAUACCAGUGGCCCCAUCCUCAUCUACCCUAUGAACAAACACAAAUGGGACCCGAGGACCUCCGCCGUGACUCCGGAGGAUGAUGUGUUCUACCUAGUGGCAUUGCUACGGUCGGCAUUGGACAAUGGGGAGCCAACGCAGUCAUUGGAGUAUCUGAGCCAUCAGAAUCAUCAGAUCUUGGAAUUCUGUUAUGAAAAUGGGAUUGAAGUGAAACAGUACCUGCCUCAUUAUACAAAGGAGGAAGAAUGGGCAGACCAUUUUGGGGAUAAGUGGCCGGAGUUUCAAGCGAGGAAGCUGAAGUUUGAUCCCCACCAUAUUCUAGCCACUGGACAGAGGAUAUUCCCAGCCUUCAAGCCGGUAAACAUGGCGGUAUCCCGCUGAUUGACGACACCUGAGUGAUAUAAGAGAAAGCAACAAAAAUGGCAGCAGUAUGCACAUAUACUGUAAUGAAUUAGGAAAGGAAUAUUUUGUUGUAUAUAAUGAAGUAGAAAAGAGCAGAGAAUCAACAUGUUCUUGAAAAGAGGGCUCUUUUUUUUUCUUUUUCUUUUACAGUGCAACACAGCUCAGAAUUGUUUUGCCGAGGACCAGAAAAGGACGGUGGAUUUCCAGCAACAUUGAGAUGGGGUCCUCCAUGAUCAAAUGAUUCAAAAUGCUGCACAAAUAAUGUACCAGCUGAAGCUGAUUUUCGACCGUCCAAUUGCUUUGCCUCUGGCUUUUGAUCAUCAUCCGUUUGAUGAUGGGUUCAGUUCUAACUUCUAAGUCUACCUUUCAUAAUCUACAAAAUUUCACUGUUUUAUCCCUUUAUUACAUUUUUAUUGAUGCAAGUUAAAAAGUAACGCAUUCCCUCACCUGCUUAUGUAAUAAACAAGCCUCUUGUUUCAAA